UGGGUGUGCACGUAACCAACUUUGCUAAUUAACCGUUCUGUGAUGUGGGGUGUGAACUUCCCACCUUACCACGGCCAGAUGGAGAUGCGAGGGCUUCAAUGGGUAUGCUAAGUAACCAGUUCAUGGUUCGCAUUGGAUGUCAUGAGCCAUCAUCACCAAAGAAGAAGAAACUUCGGGAAGAGCUGUUGGAGGCCGGGAAGGAACAUUUAAAUGGUGAACUCCGUUAAGAAGCAGCCUCUCAACCCGAUGCUUCUCGUCUCCUUAUUGCACUCAUGUAAGACUGCGAAGCAACUGAGGUCCGUCCAUGGAACGAUGAUUGUCAGCGGAGCGUUGCGAGAGAGUGAAACGUUCCUCUGGAACUCACUUAUCAAAAGCUACAGACAUUGUUGCUACGGAUCGCUAGAACCUAUCCUUCUGUACCACCAAAUGAUGCGUAAUGGUAUUGUUUUUGAUAAAUUUACGUUUCCCUUCGUGAUCAAAGCAUGCACCAAUCUUCGAACAAUCAAAUUGGGGCAGCAGAUCCACGGCCAAGUGGUUAAGAGCAGGCAUGUAGUGGACCAUUUCGUUCAGGGCUGCCUUGUGGAUAUGUAUGCCAAGGGUGGCAGCAUAGAAGCUGCUCGCCUUUGUUUUGAUUCCAUGCCAUACAAGAAUUCGGUGUCAUGGAACUCCAUGAUUGAUGGGUACGUGAAACAUGGGGAUGUUGGCACUGCACGCCAUUUGUUCGAUAGAAUGCCGUUGGAGGAAAGAGAUUUGUUUUCAUGGAAUGUGAUGAUUGAUGGAUAUGGAAAGAAUGGUCAAGUCAAUCUGGCACGUGAAUUGUUUGAUGAAAUGCCUGAGAAGGACGUUGUGUCAUGGAACUCUAUGAUGCAUGGGCAUGCCAAGGCUGGUAAUAUGAAGGAAGCAAAGGAGUUAUUUGACGUUAUGCCAGCGAGAGACAAUGUGUCAUGGGGAAUCAUGGUUUCAGGGUAUGUCAAUUGCGGUGCCAUUGACAUGGCCCGUCAUGUGCUUGAUCUGAUGCCUCGGAGUAACCUGUUUUCGUGGAAUGCAUUGAUUGAUGGGUAUGCAAAAAUCGGCAGUAUUGACAUCAUGUUAGAAUUGUUUGAGCAAAUGAAAAGGAAGAACUUGGUGUCUUGGAAUAUUGUUCUCAAUGCAUUUGCAAAAUGUGGUGAUACGGAGAUGGCAUGCCGAAUGUUCGAACGGAUGCCUGAGAAGGAUAUAGUUUCUUGGAACACAAUGAUAGAUGGAUAUGCUAAAACCGGAGAUGCUGGAAGUGCACGGAAAUUGUUUGAUGCGAUGCCAUUCAGGGAUGUGGUGUCAUGGAAUUCGAUAAUUUCAGCAUACAAAAACUCUGGUUGCACUGAGGAAUCUGUAGGCCUCUUCCAUAGCAUGUUGGCAGGUGGAACCACACCAGAUUGCUCGACGCUCGCUGUUGUACUUUCGGCCAUUGCUGACAUGGGCAUUCUUGCUGAAGGCAAAUGGGUUCACCGUUAUCUUGAAAGGAAUCAAGUUCCAUUGAGCGGAAAUGUUGGUGUUGCUCUUAUAGACAUGUACUCUAAGUGCGGGAAUCUGGAUAUUGCUACAGAAAUAUUCUGCAGCAUGCCACAGAAGAGCGUAGAUCAUUGGAAUUCGAUGAUUGCUGGACAUGCAGUUUAUGGCUAUGGUAGUUAUGCCAUCCGCUUGUUCGAGGAACUUCAGAAAUCGUCGGUGGAGCCUGAUGAUAUAAGUUUCAUUGCUGUUUUGAGUGCAUGCAGUCAUGCUGGUUUGGUAGAUGAGGGCCAUUACUACUUCAACCUCAUGACUUUGCAGUAUUGUUUGGAACCGAAGAUCCAGCAUUAUGGCUGUCUGGUCGACCUCCUGAGCCGUUCAGGACAUGUGGAGGAGGCAAGUUUACUAGUGAAGAACAUGCCUAUGAAGCCAAAUGAUGUCAUUUGGAGGGCACUUCUUGGUGCUUGCAAGACACACGGGAACGUAGUCGUUGGAGAGGAGGCAGCGAAUCACUUGUUUGAACUCGACCCCGAUGACACCAGUUCUUAUUCCCUUCUGUCUGACAUGUACGGUGCAGUGGGACGUUGGGAUGAGGCUCUCAAGACAAGGGAAACAAUGAAAGAGAAAGGAAUAAAGAAACUAGCUCCAGGUUGCAGUUCUAUUGAAUCGGAUGCUAUUGUUCAUGAGGUUGAUGCUACUCUGCCUGACAAUCCAGCAGGACAUAUGUUGUAUCAUGGAGCUGAGAACACGCACAUUGUUAGUGAGAAGGAGCAAUUUGUCCUGGAGAGAAUCUCAAAAGAGCGGACUCGCUUGUGGUUCGACACAAAGGACUAGAUGGACACAUUGAGUUGCUGAGAAACAAUCGAUUUGAGGGGCCUUAGAAAGAUCGACUUGGGGAUAUGACUGACAUCUGGAACGCCAUGAUUGGGAUGUUUGCGCCCUUGCUUCGUGUUGCUUAUGAGGGAAUUUGCAGUAUACGGUUCGAAGCUAAGUUGAGAAAUUCAACAAGAGGAGAUGUAAUGGUGCAAGAAGCAGUCCGAAGGAAAACUAUAUCCCUCAGAUUGUUUUGCAUAUGUGGAUGAUCUUCCUCUAAAUUUACCCAUUCGUGCGCAAGUCCAUUCCGUAGCAAACGUGCAAUGAGAGCUCGUAACUGCAUUUCUAAGAUGGGGUUCAUUUCUUUUGAGUUUUUAUUAUUACAUAGCAUGGUUAUAUACUCGGUUGCUGAAGCAUAGAACCUACGCGCUGAACAACGGGUUGGGAUUGUCCUUGCCAUAUAAAACAACAAAGCUGCAUGUUUUCUCACUCAAAAUGUUGUAAUUCUGUGGGCAGUU